AUGCUCCUUCGGAACCGCCAGUACACCGCAAACCCCCCAAACAAGAUCUCAAAGAAGCGCAGCACCGCCACCCACCCCCAAGAAGAAGAUGUCCCCACCUCGCCCCUGCCCAGCUUCUUCACCCGCCUCCCACCCGAGAUCGGUGCCAUAAUAUACGACCAUAUCAAGCUCUCAGCAUCGAAAUCCGACAUCAUCAAUCUCUGUUGUACGAGCGAGACGACGUAUCUCACUUUCGUCUCGGUUCUGUACGAAUCUGUCAGGCUGAGUGAUCGUAAUGUGCGAGCGUUCUUUGGGGAUCUGUGUAAUGAUAGACCGGUAUCCAUUCUGUGCCCACGGCCGGGGAUGGAUGCAGACGUGCUUCAGCGAUGCUUACCUCUCAUCUCAUCGAGGCUACUGCGAAAGUUUAUCACUUUCAACCCCUACAUCCAACUCGUCACUCUAGGCUUCGAAAGCCCUUCCCCCGAACUGCUCCAAAGCACCUCCUGCCUCUUCAAAAAGAUCCUCCUCUGCCGCUUUAUCAAAACCAUCAUCAUCGAAGACCUCGCCGCCUGCCACUUCUUCCGCCACUUUUCCGAUCUCGUAUACAAACGCUUUCGCCGCUUCCCCUUCUAUGAACCCGAAGAGAGCGUCUACCCCGCCAUCGAGUUCGGCUUCGAGCACGUCGAAUGGCUGGUAUUCAGUAAGAGCUUUACGGAGGAUGUGGAGAAGCAGUGGAACGAUGGAGGAGCAGCGAUGCGGACGGAGAGAUGGUAUUGGGCAGAAGUGACGGUGCGGCAUGUGGCGCCUCGCCGCGUUUGCGCUUGGGCGUUUACGGAUGAUAGGGCGCAUAUGGUCUCGGAGCUCGGGGUGGGGUGGACGAGCAACAGGCCGCAGUUGAAGCAGUUUGUGCUUCACAAUGCGCAUUUCUGUACCGAGCUUUUCCCACUGCCGGCGGAGCAUAUCGAGUAUUAUCUGCAGCCGGAGAAGGCGGGGUGUUCGCAUGUGCAGUCGAUAUCGAAUGGUCUGCCUUAUAUGUUUUCUGUACCUGGUACCGACCGACAUCAUGAUAUUCACGGCAUACGACGUCUCGAGAUCCACAACGCCAGUAUCACCCAACAACAAGUCGUCGACAUCCUCGCCAGAUCUCACGAUUCAGCAUCCAAAGAUUGGAGCCAGUGGAAAGGGACUCUAGUGGUCGAUGGGAAGGGAUUACCGGCGAAGAGCUGUGAUGGAUGUGAGUUAGAGGCGUGA